AGCUUUCUUUUCUGGAACCGAUAUUUAGUCCGAUUAGUGCAUUACAAGGACACUAUUUGGGGACUGGCCUCAGGACGAGUGCUUUCCUCGGGGCCGAACGCCGAAAGGCAGAUCAUUGUAUACACAUCCCCCAAGUGCCCCGGUGCAAGUUAUUUUAAAUAAAGCCUCGAACCUCAACUUCACCAGCCUUUGGGGUGGCUUUUGGCGGGCACUUCAGCAGCUUUCAACUCAUCGCGUGUGCUAUGGCAAAGGAUCUGCUGGAUCACAUUGAUUUUUCAUCAUUAGAAUGCUUGAAUGAGGCCCCCAACCACGGAGCUGCUUUGGCGAUGAAGCAGGGCUACCGAGAGCAGGACGAGCUGUACUUGGAAUCGGACACAGACGAGCAGCUGCUGCUCAACAUCCGCUUCACGCAGCGUGUUCGCCUGCAGAGCAUCGUCAUUAAAGCGAUUGACGAGGCUAAGGCACCCAAGCACGUGAAGCUAUACACAAACCGGCCCAGCUUGGGGUUCAGUGACACUUCCUCAGUGCCCUGUGCCCAGGAGCUUGACCUAACGCCGGCCCAGCUGGCGAAGGGCGACCCCAUCCCCCUCAAGCUCAUGAAAUUCAACAACGUGGACGUUCUCAGUAUCUUUAUUGAAGACAACCAGGAAGGCGAAGAGACGACCAAGCUCUGCAAAAUCGCGUUGUUCGGCACUACUGGGGAGGUCUUCAACGUGGCAGAAAUUAAGAAGGUGGAGGAGAAGUGA